CACCCACAUCCAAAUGACCUCUGGUACCAUGAUGGGAGUGUUGUCUUGAAAGCUGGAGACCGUUUCUUCCGGGUGCAUCAAUCUGUUCUCAGCCAGAAAUCUUCUGUUUUUGCCACCCUACUUCUUCAAAGUCAGGCAGAAAAUACAGAAACUUAUGAAGAGUGCCUUAUGGUCACACUGGACGAUGACGCUGAAGAGCUUCGGCAGCUCCUCCUCACGAUAUACGAGUUAUCGUACUUCGAGGACAAUGCGCAAAACUUCCUCUAUCUAGGUCCAAUCCUUCGUCUCAGCACAAAAUAUAAGGUGGAACGAUUGCGUGCAUUGGCACUUCAGCGACUGAAACGUGGUGUUCCAUCGACGCUUGCAGCUUUCGAUGAUCCUAAACAUCAGGAUGACCGCAAGAACGCGCAACGAAAUGCUCUUGCGGUCAUCAACCUCGCGCGGGAGUCCAACUGCUUGGAACUGCUUCCUUGCGCCUAUUACUACUGCUCCCGCUUGCCAACCAGUACAAUUUUGGAGGGUAAUGCACGUGGAGUCGUCAUAGCCUUACCAGACAUAACCGCUUGCAUCCUCGGAAAAGACCAGCUUUUGGAUAUACAACGUCGCAAAACUCACUCGUUUUUAUUCUCGUUUCCGAGAGCUGAAAUUUUGGAUGGGUCCUGCCGGAAGUGUGGAGAAAAAAUCGAGCUCUUCUUGCAAUAUUUUCAGUGCCAGGACUUCAAGACGCCUUGUACAUUCGAACAAUUCACGGAUUGGGAGAAAAUAGGAGCAUGCAAAGGCUGUGCUUCCUCAUACCAAAACAAACACAAGAAAGGUCGACAAGAUGCAUGGGCGGAACUUCCCAAGAUUUUUGGAUUGGAAAGUUGGGAGAAGAUAUUGUCUUAG